CUGCCUCAUUCACUGCGUACAUGCAGUAAAUGGCCAAUACACGGCGGACAUGAAGCAUUUAGUCAUUUAGUCUUCGGAGUAUGGGGCGGAGAUAAUAAUAUGUAUAAUAGAUAUAAGGUACCUACCUACAUUUUAGGCGUGCAUACAUAUGUCUUUCAUGGGUACAUAAAGCUGUUCUGUGCGCAUACUUUAUAAGGAUGGACUAAGAACGUAGUUAACAACCACGUGGAGUUGAUGAAAUCAGGCUUUCUCAACUAGUUUAUUUCAACUACUCCAUCAUGAGCUUCAAAAACGUACCGGAGUCGAACUCUGAACUGUCGACAAGUACAAAUCUGCGAGAAGACAAUGAAGACACGAAUACUAACAGGACACCCACUGAGAAGGGCGACUCUGACGACAACAUCGUAGACUGGGAUGGCCCCAAUGAUCCAGAGAAUCCUCGCAACUGGUCAAGGGCCAAGAAGAAUGUCCAUAUCAUCAUCGUUAGCAUCUUCGCUCUUGUGGCAAAUCUAGCAGCCACGAUGUUCGCCCCCGGAGCACAGCAACUCGCCGAAGACUUCCACAUCACCAACAGCGUCAUCGAGACCUUCACCGUCAACAUUUACCUCCUGGCCUUCGCCGUCGGCCCGCUCUUCCUGGCGCCGCUAUCCGAGGUCUACGGGCGCUUGGUCAUAUACCACGUUUGCAACGUCUUCUACAUUGCUUUUACCUUCGGGUGUACAUUCAGUACAGAUGUCUCCAUGUUUCUCGUCUUCCGCGUAUUCUGCGGCCUCGCUGCCUCGGGACCCCUGAGUAUUGGCGGUGGUACCAUCGCCGACGUCACGUCGCAGGAGGAACGCGGGAAGGCUCUUGCCCUGUGGGGGGUUGGGCCGCUGCUAGGACCCGUCGUUGGUCCUAUUAUCGGUGGUUUCGUCACGCAGAGUAUUGGAUGGAGAUGGACUUUUCGGAUCAUACUCAUUUUAGCCGGCUCUCUAAGUCUCGCGACUCUUCUUUUCAUGCGGGAAACCAACGCUAUAAUCUUAUUACGACGAAAGACGGACCGAUUAAUCAAGGAGACAGGCAACCAUAAGCUCAUCCCAAAGGCUAGUACAAACGAAACGCCAAAAGAGGUGCUUCGGAAAGCUAUCGUGCGUCCGUUGAAGAUGAUAGCCUUCUCUCCGAUCGUUCUCCUUCUCUCACUGUACUCGGGCGUGCUCUUCGGAAUCAUAUUCCUUCUCUUCUCGACCUUUCCCUCCGUCUUCGAAGAAAUAUACGGCUUUAGCACUGGAGUCUCUGGGCUCGCCUAUUUGGGCCUCGGACUCGGCUUCGUCUCUGGCCUUGUAGUGUUUUCCGCUCUGAGCGAUAAGCUGCUUGGCCAGAAGAGAAAUGGCGCUGUCGUUCGACCUGAGGAACGAUUGAUUCUCAUGAAGUGGAUUGCCCCGACCGCUCCUCUUGGUUGUUUCUUAUAUGGAUGGACAGCACAGUACCACGUGCAUUGGAUCGUGCCAAUUAUAGGCACAUUUUUCGUCGGUUUCGGCUCCUUGUUCGUCACAAUCCCGGCCCAGGCAUAUAUAGUUGAUGCUUUCGGCUCAGAAGCUUCUGCUUCGGCUCUCGCUGCCAAUUUGACCAUCCGCGCCCCCUUUGGAGCCCUACUUGCCCUUGCGGCACCUCCUUUGUACGCGCAACUUGGACUGGGAUGGGGAAACAGCAUCCUGGGAUUCAUAGCUCUGGCUUUCACGCCUGUGCCUUGGUUGUUCUAUCACUAUGGCGAAACCUUGAGAACUAGAUUCCCUGUCGAUCUAUGAAAGGAUAAUAAUCUGACUUCGUUUUCAACCUCCCUCUUAUUAUAUAACUAGAACGCCCGGCCAUAGUCCGAUGAAAGCACCUCGAGUCCUUCCCUUUCAUUCUCAGCUGUCUUAAAUUGUAUCUUUAUCAAAAACACU